CCGGCAGUGACGUCAGAAAGUAAACAGAGGAGCUGUCAGUGGAUCCAGAAAUUGAAUUAAAAGAGAAAUUGCGUCAAAAGACACCGAUUUUUGGGGCAAUUUAUGAACGCUAAGGGACACUCGAAUGAGAACCCGGUGCCUAAAUAAAAGAAAGGUUUACCAGGGACAGGAGUGACACUGUGCUGGGAUGUUCACAGACAUGGACUAUGAGUUGGAGGAGGACAAACUGGGGAUACCAACGGUACCUGGUACUGUGGUUCUGAAGAAAGACGCUAAUAACCUCAUUGGGAUCAGCAUUGGAGGUGGGGCUCAGUACUGUCCGUGCCUCUACAUCGUCCAGGUCUUUGAUAACACCCCCGCAGCUCUGGAUGGGACUCUGGCAGCCGGCGAUGAAAUCACAGGCGUGAACGGGAAACCAGUGAAGGGGAAAACCAAAGUGGAAGUGGCCAAGAUGAUCCAAGCUGUUCAGAGUGAAGCAGUAAUCCACUACAACAAACUGCAGGCGGACCCCAAACAGGGGAAGUCUCUGGACAUAGUGCUGAAAAAAGUGAAACAUCGCCUGGUGGAGAAUCUGAGCUCCGGCACAGCUGACGCUCUGGGACUCAGUCGAGCGAUUCUAUGUAACGACGGACUGGUCAAAAGACUGGAGGAGCUGGAGAAAACAGCAGAGCUCUACAAAGGACUGAUGGAGCACACCAAGAGACUACUCAGAGCCUUCUUUGAGCUUUCUCAAACACACAGAGCAUUUGGCGAUGUGUUCUCGGUCAUCGGGGUGCGAGAGCCUCAGGCCGCAGCCAGCGAGGCCUUCGUGAAGUUUGCAGACGCUCACCGCAACAUCGAGAAGUACGGCAUUCAGCUGCUGAAGACCAUCAAACCUAUGCUCCACGAUCUGAACACGUACCUUCACAAAGCCAUACCCGACACCAAGCUCACCAUCAGGAAGUACCUGGACGUGAAGUUUGAGUAUCUGUCGUACUGCCUGAAGGUGAAGGAGAUGGAUGAUGAAGAGUACAGCAGCAUCGCCAUGGGGGAGCCGCUGUAUCGGGUCAGCACCGGGAACUACGAGUACCGUCUGGUGCUGCGGUGUCGACAGGAAGCCCGCGCUCGCUUCGCCAAGAUGAGGAAGGACGUUCUGGAGAAGAUCGAGCUGCUGGACCAGAAACAUGUCCAGGACAUCGUGUUCCAGCUGCAGCGCUUCGUCUCAGGAAUGUCUCAUUACUACGACGAGUGCUACGCCGUGCUGAAGGAGGCGGACGUCUUCCCCAUCGAGGUGGACCUCUCCCGCACCACCAUCAACUACGGCAGCCAGUCGUUGUACACCGGAGAGGACGAGGAGGAAGAGGAGGAGGAGGAGGGAAAAAGAGAAGAGGAAGGAAGACAGGCAGAGAACGGUGCUGAGAAACUGAUCGAUGACGAAUGAGAGUGUGUUUGUGUGCUGUGUAUUAUGGAGAUGAAGUCCAUUCCUCUAACAUGCUCUUUACUUUAUGUCACUGCACUCACCAAGCAGCGAUCCUUACAGUGGACGACCCUUCCAAACGUGCUACAGCAACUCGAAACAUUUCCAUCAGGAGAAACAGGCUGCAGUUUCAAAAAUGAUGCACAUACAAUAACACAAAGGUACCAAAACACAUGCAAAUGAAGGAACAUCUUCACCAAGUUGAGGAAACCUGCGCAGCGUUUACUUAUUUAUUAAAAGCGACACAUAAACGUAGCGCUGCAAGAAGCUCCAAAACGGAAAGAAAACGGGACACUAAGAGGUGAUACACACUUUGAGGGAUUAGAGAAGAGUUAGCCUUUUUCAUAACGACCAAACUAUUUUGUCAGUACAUUUUAAAUGGCUAGGUUAGACGUUAGCUAGCUAGCUCACCGCAGAUCUGCAAUAAUAUCAGAAGGAAUCAUGUGAUCACAAUGUUUAAAAAAAGCUGAUAAAAAGUAUAUUUGACCAACAUUUUGGCCAACUUUAUCAUCUCUGAGUUUCAACAAGCGCUCCGGCCCCAGCUGUGUGCGUCACUUUUUAGUGUCCCCGGUUCCGUUGUCUUUGAACUUCUUGCAGCGUUUCAUUAUUUAUGCAGCGCUUUUAGUAAAAGUGUUUCGUCGUGUUGGUAAAGACGUUCCUUCAUUUGCAGGUUUUGGCACAUUUGUGUUUUUUUUUAUGUGUUUGGAUCUUUGUUUUCAAACUGCAGCGACAACCCUCUAAUGGAAACGUUCACGGCCGUUGUAACGCGUUUGCACCUGUGGGCCACUGCAGCUAAAAUGGAUGAAAGCGAAGACUACUGAAAAGCGCUGCUAUUAUGCUGUUUGUUUGUCUUUUUGUUGGUGUUUUCUUUGUCAAAUCAACAGCUUUGUGAUUAUUUUUCCAUAUCAACUUUACUUUCAUUUUGAAUCUGAAUGCUUUGAAGGGUUUUUAUUUGCAGUACGAUUGAUAUGCAUAUCUGGUGUGCCUUCUUAGCUCUUAAUGAAUUGUAAUGGGCUGUGUUUCAGUGUUGAUAUUGUUGUUGAUUGUAUAAGUUAUUCCUUUAUAUUUGCAUUUUUAUUAGACAUUUUGAAAAGGGAACUAUCUACUGACUACCUUAAAUGAUGUUUAGUGGUUAAUGUCAAGUGGCAUUUUCUCCUCAGCUUAACAGACAAAUAGCUAACAACACUACUGGAUAACAUGUAUGAAAUGUGAAGGUGUUGAUGAAGAUGAUGACUGAAGCAGACUUCAUUUUAUUCCUACAUGAAGACUUUGUUACAUUCCUUUAUCCCCCCCCCUUUUUUUUAAGGUCAUACGAUUUGAUUCACUUGUUCCUGCUGCUUGCUUUAAAUCAAAUGCGUUUAUUUCUAUCCUGUAACACACUGGCAUUGCUCACUUCUUCAUAACAGCAUGUUUCUGUUUAUUGGGAGGGGAAGUGGACACACAGAGCUUUACCACUGUGUGGAAACAAUAAAUAAUGCAAACACUACAUGUACUGUAAAUAAGUGUGUACAAAUGGAAAGGGUGUAAAAACAGUGUACCUUCAUAUCAACUGUUUUUCUCUCUUAAACCAGUAAACAGAAAAGCAACUGAA